AUGAAGCUGCUUAGGCCCGCUCAGCAGCCAUACAAUGCCGACCAACCUGACCGUGGUGGCAGGCUAGUACGCGAGAUCAAAGAGCCUUUUGAUCCGGCCGGUUUAGAAAGUCUCAAACUGAAUGCCACAACUUCAAUGGAAUCAGCCUCAUUUGCAUGUGCGACGGAAGACGUUCAGAGCGCCACGACCGGUGUGACUUCGGAUCCAGUGCUACGAGUUCGUGCCCGUCCAAACGAGGCAGGCGCGGAGGCUGGCCUCAUCUCAGCCUCCACCUUGGCGAUCAGUGAAUCUGGUGGUGUCAGCCACCGGAGCUCGAUUACAUCUUCACUUUCUUCCACAUCGAAGUCGCACUCGUUGACUUCUUCUUUUGUUUCGGCCACGGCAGUUUCAGGCCCUCGAUGGGCACUUCCGGCAGAAAGCAACGUUCUACAAUCUGAUUACCAUCUUGCAGAGGUUGUUAUAAAGUGCCUUAAUUAUAAUGUUCGUGCAUAG